UCAGGAACCGCGUAAUGAUGAUGACGAGCCGUCAAAGGAAAUACGAAUUGGGUCGAAAGUAGCACAAUGGAUAAGCAUUUACGAUAUGUAUCCACCCAUGAAGCAAAGGUGAGGACUUGCAUUGCAGAUUUAUUUAGUUUUUCUGUGGUACCUGAGUUUAUUGAUAAUCAUCCUCUUUCUUACAGAUACGUCUCUAAUUUGGAUUAUAUCGACCUCAUCUUACACAUUGAGAAGGGACAUGCGGAGGGAAUGUACAUCACCGGUGUGGCUUACAGUUCUUGCUCUAAGUCAUGGGCCAUAAUGAUGGAUGAUCAAGCUGGCUACAAUGAUCAGAUUUAUGCUUUUUCAAGCGGCUCUCUUCAUGAGGCAUGGAUUAGGAAAAACUGGUCGGAGAACUUCUACAUCACUGCAGUGGCUGGAGCAGAUGACGACAGAUUUCUGGUUAUAAUGUCCAAGGGUUGGUCCAUGAAUUCUUGUUUUACCGGCUUUCUUGAUAUACAGAAAGGGACCCAGAAUAUUCGGCAGUCUUGUUGUGUUCUUGAGACAUUUCCUUUCGAGUGGAUCAAGAAGAAGUGGGCUGAAGGUUUUUACGUCACCGCCAUUGCCACUUCCGGGGACCAGUGGGCAGUAGUCUGCUCCAAAGGAACCAGAUUUACUGACCAGGCCGUAGAGCUAGACUUUCAGUAUCCGGCUGAGGGCAUUCAUGAAAGGUCGAAGCAGGGCUAUUACAUCACUUCGGUCGCAGCCAAUCCGGAAGAGAUUGCCUUUAUCUUCAGUAUUCCUGGAGCAGUACCAGCAACUGUAAAUGCAGAGCAAGAGAUGCUUCGGACUUUCGAUUUUCCUGAUGACAGUAAGAUCCAGGAGAAGUGGGCAAGGAAUUACUACAUUUCUUCUCUUUGCUGCGGUUGAACCAUUGCUUAAGCUACCAAGUACAAUUGCAAUCAAGGAUGUUUUUUGCCACCAACCCAGUACAGAAUGGGACUGAUUGUAACCUCUUUGCCAUAGUUUUGUGCAGGAAAAUUUUCAUAUUGAUUCUGAAACUUUCAAGCUUAACAACAACAACGAUAACG